UGAUUUUUUUUUCAGUGCUAUGUCUGAUAACAUUAUUCUCUUGGUUCCUGCCUUCUGAUUGUGGUCAGCGACUUACAGUUUGUGUGGUGUCAUUGUUUUUGCACAUGUUCUGCUUGUUACAUGUGGCUUUUGAAAUAUACUUCUAUGGAAAAUCUGUUCCUCAUUUGGUGCUCCUUCUGCGUGACUCCCUUCUAAUAACAUGCAUAUCACUGGUGGGUGCAGUGCUGUCACAAGGUUUGUUCUAUGCAUCGAGACCUGUGCCAAAAUGGCUUAAUGAGCUGAUAACAUCACCAGCAAGCCGUUUAUUAAUGUAUCCAACCAGUUUACCCUCACAACAGAGCACAGACAAAGAUGACAAUGAAGAUAAGACCAAUAGUCUAAAGACACCAGUUCCAAGUGAAUGGAAACUUGCAGCUGUUAUAUUAGACCGUACUGGUGUUUACAUAAUUACUCUUACUUACAUAAUCAUACUUGCAGUUACAAUUCCAAAAUACUGAUCUUGUGUAUGGUUAAUACAUCCACUGUGUGAAAGUAGAAUGAAGAUCAUCACAAAAAUGUAUGAAAUAUGUUUGACGUUGUCAAACUGUAGGUGGCAAAUUAAAAUAAAAUGUUUAUAAUUUUGAAGUUUUCAAAAUUUUUCGUCUCAGUAUGUAACAUAGAUGCAUUUUAUACUCAUUUAUUAACUCAGGUAAUUUUUGGAGCACAAAAGCUACACAUGAUCACCACAUGCCAGUGAUGGAGAUAGAAACGAUUGAGAGAAAACUGAAAUACUUAGCUUUGGUAACAAUAUGUGAUUGUGCUGAAUCCUCUGUAAAAUAAAAUGACACUAAAUGUU